AGGAGCCUGAAAUAUACUCGGAGUCGAGAGUGGAUUUAAUGCUCUUUAUUCAGCUCAUAGUGGUGAGGAAGAAUGGAAGUUCCCACACAAAAUCUGCUUUAUAUACAUUAUUUACACAAUGGGCUGCACGUGAUUGGCUAAUUCCGGGAUUCUCCUGUAGGCCAAUCAGGUUGUGGAUUCACUUCCACCUGGAGCUGGAUUGGGUGGCUCCUGCGGACCAAUCAUACUGCUGCAUUGUUCUAGGACCAGUCAGACUGCUGGAUUUUGGAUCCUAUUGUUCUAGGACCAAUCAGACUGCUGGAUUUUGGAUCCUAUUCAACUCAGUACAUAACAGAGCCCAUCAUCCAAGGACUUGGGUGAGUGCGGGGAGGAGGCUGUGAUGCUUCAUGCAGUGCAACUCACAGUCACAGAAGGCAGGAAUGGCCAACAACUUGGUGGAAUUAAAAGCGGACUGGACAAAUUUAUGGAGGAGACAGCUAUUGAUGUCUGCUAGCUAUGAUGGCUCUGCUCUGCCUCGGUCAGAGGCAGAGAUGCUUCUGAAUAAUACCAGUUGCUGAAAAUCGCAGGAGGGGAGUUGCUCUUGUGCUCUAAUCCUGCUUGUCAGUUUCCCAAAAGAGGCAUCUGGCUGCCCAUGGUGCAAACAGGAUGUUGGUCUUGAUGGGCCUGAUCCAGAAAGCUCUUCUUAUGUUGUUGGGUUAUUAUGGGAGAGAAUGGUGGCCUCACACCAGGGUCUGGAGGUGACUUGGAGCCAUUGAAAAAUUCAUGAUCAAAUCCAUUUGAAAUCUCUACACUGAUCCCUUCAGCAUGUGAAGUGAUAAGAAAGACGUUGGUGCCUCCGUGCAUGUGCAGAAUGUCUCUCCCACCUCCUUCAAGUGACCACAAUGAGCCACCACAUAUCUGAGAUGAAAGGCUUUUGGGUCCAUCUCAACUGUGAUUCCUGAAUUGCAGGUAGUUGAAGUCGAAGACCUUUGGGAUCCUUCAAAUUCAGUGAUUUUGUGAGAGAGAACCAAGUGAGAGAUCCCACCAGCUACUUGCUUUGACUUGACGGUCUCUUUGUUUCUUGAAAGUGUGAAGUCAUGAAUGGUUCUGUCACAUUUUACAAAUUUCAUUUGCUUUGAUCAGUUGUGCGAAACUUACUUGGCAAGCCAAACUUUCUGUACCUGUGAAAUAUGAAGAGUAGCAAUCACACUGUAAAAAAGUUGUAAAAUAGCCAUAGUGGUAUUUUAUUGUGAUAAAAUAGCCUGCAAAGCCUUGCCUUUUGGAAGUACUGCAUGUCUGUUGUAAAGACCCGUUAACUGCAUAAAAGUAAUCCUGACUGGCAAACGUGUUGGUCUGUUACAGCAAAACAAAGGAAAGAGUCCUAUGGCAGAACCUAAGAGAAUUAUAGUGAGGUAGGUAGCCCCUUUUUAAAGCUCCUUUUUAAACUUAGUUGGUCUCUAAGGUGCUACUGGACAAUUUUUUUAUUUUAGAAUUAUAGAGAGUGACACAACCCUUUGUGGAAUAGAGUCCUCAUCACCAGAUCUAAGUGGGAUCUAGUUUAUGAAAGGAUUAUGGUUAUAGUAAGUCUCUAAGACUUUAAGAUGCCACAAUACUCUUCCCCCCACUUUUUUUUUUUAAGAUGGACGGCUCAAUAAAAUGCAUUUAUUAUUUCAUGAACCCCCCUCUCCCCCCCUCGUUUGUUAAUUUGGUUGCUUCCAGGCUCGCUCCGUAAUCUCACGCCCACUCUGCAGUCUGGACUGUACCAUUCUCGGGCAGCAGGGGAGGCCAGUGGCACACAUAAGCCGGGACCCCAACGACAUUCCUUUGGCAGUCCGUUUCAUUGCAACCGCCGUCCCUUAAUUCCUACACAAACGGGCUCACACAUAUCCUAAAUGUAAAAGAGACGCCUCGGUAGUCGAAGGCAUGGUUACGAAGAGAAGCGUAGGAGUCCUGCUUUUUAUGUAUAUCUGUACAAAAGAAACGCCUGUUUUCCUUUCUCUCUCCCCCCUCUUGCGAGGUGACAUGGUGCAGCCCAGAGGAAACGGGAGGGGGAGGGUAUAUUUGGGGCAAAGUGUGGGGGCGGGAAAGAGAGACGAGGCGGGCGGAGAGGUUGAUGCUACGUAGCCCGUUCGAGGAGUGAAGCUUAGGGGGCUGCAGCCAUGGCAUCCAACGGUGAGAAGAAGGGAGUUCGCAGCGGAGGGCGUUGGGCGCGUUUCAACCGGGGUCACAACAGGGGAGAAUGGAACCCCCCCCCCCGCAGCCUUUGCUUUCUUUCCUCCAGGGGAGCUAAGUUUCUGGUCCUCGUGGCUGUGCAGACGAUGGGGAACGGGAGGUCGAUUUAUGUUAAAAAGGGUUUAACCUGAGGGUUAAAAAGGGAAGGGUAGUGUGAGGGGAAGCAGGCUUAAUGGUUGUUUCUGUCCAGUUAAUUGCGAAAAGCUGCGUUUUUGUCUUGGGUUAUUUUCUCCUCCUGACGAGACUCGGGGGCUUCCUUCCUAGGGGCUGGGGUGGGUUUCAGGCUAAAUCUUCGAUAGGGAAAUCACUGCCCGUGGCAGCUGAAGGAGGCUUUUGCGUGGGUUUUUUCUUCUUGCAGUUCCAGGGUAGGAGGCGAAAGCUGCCUGUCUUCCCUCUCCCGUCUGUGGGGCAGGAAUGGUGGGCGAAGGGUUCUCCGGCCUUCCCCGUCUGCUUUGGACAAAUGUUCUAGAGGACCCAUUUUAAAUGGAGGCUUCGGGGUUUUCGUUCCAAAAAUAACGGGGUGGCGAUACAGUCGAGGGCAAAAGGUGGACGUUAUUGUAGAAGUGGUGCCGGAUGAAAAACGGCUCCGCCUUCUAGAGAGCAGGAAGGGCCUUUUUUCUUUCCUCUGCUCCGCGCCGCAAUCUCUCUAAACUGCGCAGUCUGCCGCCAUUUUGUGAUAGCGUGAGAACUAGGAUGCCGGGGAAGAGACGGACGGGGUUUCCUAGUCAGACUCCAGGGGCACGGAGAGGUUAGGCCGUUAUGUAGCUGCGCAUGCGCGCGGUCGUCCCCUGAACUACUAGCGGGACGAGGGGGGGCCGUAUGGGCAGUGGAAAAAUCCAGUCUGACGUGAUGGUCGGCGUAGCAAGGUUUAUUGGAGGUGGGGGCGGUAAAAAUUGUGAUCACGCAUGCGCUUUCUGCCUAGGCGAGAAACGCGUACGUUGUUGCGCGUGCGUGUGAGGCUUGUCUUUGUCGCAGUGUUACAUCCGGGUGCUUCCCCAACCGCCCGCGCCUAUCAUUCGUUAGUACAAACGUCAGUCGCCCGCGUACCUCGCUCGUCAAGCGAGCGCCCUCCUCCCCAUAAAAUCUCGGGUUUAGGUCCUAUAAGGACCAGGCUGCUUUGUUUGUAACAACCCGGCGCCAUAGCAAACUUCGUGUGAGUUUAAUUAAAGGCUGUUCCUCUUAUGUCUUAGUUCCUUGGGUGGGCAACUAUCCUCUCUUGCACCCCUUGAAAACGCAGAUAAUUUUUUUUUCUUUCCCUCCAUACUGACGAUGGAAUUACAUUGGUUCUUUAACCAUCACAUAAACUGAGGUUUUGUGGAUGGGGGGAAAUUAUUUAUUCCUUGGAAAACACUGGGGGAAGGGGAAUAUAUAAAUACACAUUUUUUCUGAUGACACCACAACUUCCACCUGCCCACAUGAUUGGGUUCUGUUUAUUUUUGGAUUUCUCUUUGCUGCUGGUUUUGAUUAUUGUGAACAGUCCUGAAAAUAAGGCAACAGUGGUGUAAAUGUAACUAAUAAGUGCUUCGUAUGAGAAGUGUCAAUGUUCAGAGUUGCUGUUCAUUCCUAAUCUCUUCCCUCAAACUUCAUGCCUCACAGCCUUGCUUUUUAAAAUAGUUUCUCUUACCCACAAUGAAGCUAGCAAGAGUGUUCCAUAUGUACGUAUAUUUUGUGCAGUACCCAUUGGAUAGGUGAACGUGUGUUACUAUGAGAAUCUGAACCCUUUCCUUAGUAUUUGCCUGAAUUCUUGAAAGUUAAAAGUGUAGAGAGGCAGGGGUGCACAUGCCCCCCCCUUUGACUUUCGAUUUGAAUGGGGCUUCUGUCCAUGCACAUAGUGAGUGCAUAGAUGCCUGGAGCAAGCAUCCAUGUAUGUCAAUUUUGACAAAUGUGACUUAUCCACCAUCCCAUAUGAAUCAUUUCUACUCUCUGAAGCAGUUAGAUAACUUGUGUGGAAUCCUGCUCUUAAAAUAGCUCAAACAUUUUUGUUUUGUCCCCUUACAGAUUAUAGCCAGUCAGCGACACAAAGGUAAAUAAACCCUUGUAUAAUUCAUCCUCCAUGUAUUGCAUGUUUACAGGCUUUUAGCUUGUGAUACUCUUCUCACAUAACUACAGUGUUAGCCAUAUGCGAGUAGUUCUUUUCUUGUCUCUGUAAUCUUGAAGUAGGUCAUGCUAGUCACCUCUGUAAAAACAUGAAGGAUGUUAGGGUGCCGUGAGCUGUUCCCAGAGGAAUAGAUAGACAAGAUCCGACCUGUGGCUUGUUUAAUCUUAAUUUGCCAAUACCAGAAAAUCCUAAUUUUCAAGUAGUGGUAGUACUGUACUGGAAAAAAAAUUUGAGGGAAAAAUAUAUCGUAUGAAGAAGCUGAUAAAACUUGUGAUUCCAAAUUUAGAAAAAUGGUUAAAAUUUGCUGUAGUGUAUGCAGACUUUGAAAUGGAUUACUUUUAUCCAUCCCCAGAGAAGCUGUAACAUCAUUUUAAAAAGGUUUUGUCUUAUUCAGUGUGUAUAUACAUCAUAAAACUCAGUUUUAGCUGCAUUAGAGCAUACAUUAUUAGUUUCCCCAAUUCAAGCUAUAGUAGUGCCCAUACAAAGAUAGUAUACCAAAAAUCAAAGAUUCCCUUUAAAAGCAUAACUCUUAGUGCUGCUUCCAAGAGUUGUGGGGAUUUAAGACUAUUGCAAGAACAUAGGAAGAGUGUUGAAUCAGGCCAAUUGCCCAUCUAGCCUGGCAUCCUGUUUUGACUAACCAGAUGUUGGUAGGAAACCAUCAAGCAGGGCCUGAGCGCAAAAGCACUCUCCCCUCCUAUGGUUUCCAGCAAUUGGUAUUCAAAAGCAUUGCUGCCUUCUGAUGAUGGAGGUAAAGCAUUGCCAUCAUGGCUAGUAGCCAUUGAUCACCUUCUUCAGGAGUUUGCCCAAUCCCCUUUUAAAGACAUCCAAAUUUGUGGUCAUUGCUGCCUCUUGUGGAAGAGAAGAAGUGCUUUCAUUUAUCUGUCCUGAAUCUUUCAACAUACAGCUUCCUUGGCUGUCCACAAGUUCUGGUGUCAAGAGGAGAAUUUUCUCUCUCUCCACUCUCUUCAUAUCAUUCUUAACUUUAUAAAUUUCAAUCACAUACCUUUUAUUUGCCUUUUGUCAAAACUAAAAAAGUAGGCCAGGUUUAAAAACUUUGGUUUAUAGUCACUAAAUCCUAUACUAGACCCACUGAAAUUCAUGAACCUGUUAGUCAUGUUUAUUAACUUCAGUGGGUCUACUCUGAAUAGAAUCAGCAUUGGAAUUUAUUUCUGGCCAUUAGUCUUUUGAACAAAGUGAAUUGUUGGUGUGUGUAUCUUCAUGCCACAAUGAACCAAUUAAUUAGUCUUAACAUGCCUUGUAAUUUUCCUUACCCAUUUGUGGUUGUUCAGACUUAAUUGAAACACUCACAGAAGUAGGAGUUCAGUCAGAUGCCUACAAUGACAUAGCACACUGGAUUUGAAAAGACAGGUGGCAAUGGUAGUGACAAGCUUGAUUCCGGUUGGGAAAGAAGAUUGUGAAUUCAGUUUACAGUUUAGUUAUAUGUUCCUUUGCUGAAUUUUUUUCUCUUGUUUUUCCUUAGUUAUGGGGCCUACCCAACUCCACCCACACAAGGUUAUUCUCAGCAAACCAGCCAGCCCUACGGGCAGCAGAGCUAUGGUGGUUACGGACAAUCGGCAGAUACUUCUGGAUAUGGCCAAAGUAGUUACAGUUCUUCCUAUGGCCAGACUCAAAGCUGUGAGUACUGUAGCUUAUUUUGUUUUUUGUCCUCAUGACUGUAUAGGAAAAUAUGAGAGGAAAUUGGCUAAGCUGUGAAGCACCCGUCUUUCUGGAGCUAGGAGAUUGGAAGGAAAACACAGUUACUUAAAGUGUCCUUUCCGGACGCUGUAAUGUGCAGCCUUUUCAUUUUGCAAUCCUAUGAAGCACUUAAAGUAGCAAAAAGGUGACACAAGCACAAACAGGGAUUCGAAUCUAACAUGCUCUCAUCUCAGCACUGUUUAAUUUGUUGUUCUAUGGUCACAUCUCAGGAUGCAUCAGUGCGGUUACAUAUGAUUGAAGAACUGAUUAGUUAUUGCUACACAAAUUGCAUGCCAUUUGAGAUUAACAAGAGUGAAUUGUUUUUUUGAACAGCUGGCUAUGGCACCCAGUCAACACCACAGGCCUACGGCUCAUCAACAGGAUAUGGCAGCAGUCAGACUUCUCAGACGUCUUAUGGACAGCAGUCAUCCUAUCCCAGCUACUCUCAACAGCCAGCCAGUUCCACCACUGGAAGGUAACAGUUGAGAAAUCCCAAACAACAAGAACUCAGAGCAGUGAUAGCGGUGUAAAUCUUCAUCAUAGGCUUUAGGCUUUACUUUUUUUACAUUAAAUCUGCUGAAAUUUGCCUGAUCAAACCCCAGGUGUACUCUGCUCUUUAGUCAUACAAUCAUCCUGAAUUCUUAAGCAAUAUUCCAAAUGGAAUCCUGGAGUUUAAAGCCUCAGCCUUUGUAUAAAGCCGGAACAGUAUUGUAGGAUGGUCUGUGUAUUGAACUCUUUGUCCUUUGUUUGUGUCUCCUUGAAAUCAGCAGUUACGGUACCAGCUCUCAGACCUCUACCUAUGGACAACCCCAGAGUGGAGGCUAUGGUCAGCAAUCCAGCUAUGGCAGCCAACAGCAGAGCAGCUAUGGGCAGCAGCCUUCUUACAACCCACCCCAAAGCUACGGCCAGCAGAGUCAGUAUGGCAGUGGCAGUAGCAGUGGAGGAGGUGGCGGUGGUAGUGGAUGUGAGUACUUUUUCCUUUCCUUUCACCUCCAAAAGCCAAACAUGAGUAAUAUGAGCCAAAUUUCAUGCAGUGCAGUGUAGAAGCCAAUGGCUGCCCCCCAGUGAGAAGCAAGGGCAUCUGUAGAAUCUUCAUUCUUUUCCCCCGCCCAAAAAAAUCCAGGCCUCUUUGCUAGCAGAAACUAUUGCUAACCCCCCCCCUUUUUUUUAACUUUCUCCAGCUGGUGGCUAUGGACAGGAUCAGUCUUCCAUGAGUGGAGGUGGUAGUGGAGGAGGCUACGGCAGCCAGGAUCAAGGAGGAUAUGGCGGCCAGCAAGACCGCAACCGUGGAAGAGGCAGUGGAGGAGGUGGCGGUGGCGGAUACGGUAGAGGUGGCUUUGAUCGGAGUGGUGGAAGAGGUGGCAACAGAGGUGGUCGUGGAGGCAUGGGGUAGGUGUCCAGUCCAUAGUUGUGGGAGAGGGAGUGGGUUUCUUUAAUUAGCAUCUCUCCUAGUACUUGCCAUAAAAGCUAACCUCUUCUGGGAGGGUGCAGUGUGUGAACGGCUGAAAUAUAGAAUUGUUGGUAAUCAAGGGUGGGCUACCACCAUGUAUGCUGCUAGGGGUCAGUGUGUUUUUCUCUAUGGGGUGAAUCUAAAUGGAUGUCAAAAUGGUUUUUGUUCCUUGUCUGCAUGUGAAGGAGUUAAAAACUCUUACUUUAUGAAAAUCAACCAUUGCAGUAACAAGUCUGUGCAUGGGGCAAAACAUCGUAUUUUCAUCUUGGAUCUGUUGACAACCUCAAAAGGCGCACUUGAUAUGAACAUAAUUACUGUUCCUCAAAGGUGAAUUACGGUCCUCUUUGAGCAAUGUUGCCGUUCCAUACAAAUAUAUACAAGAACUUUAGUACUUCUUAUGGGGGAAAAUCGGUAUCUAGACACUAGGGUUAUCCUUCAACCCCCCAGUGUUAACCUGAUGAGGUGCACUGAAGGGGCCUGGUUUGUAUAUGCUGAUAAAUCGAAGGUUAUAUGAAUCUCUUCAGUAAGAGAUUUUGCAAGACAAAGCUUCUAUGCAGGUUGUAAGCCAGCUUUCAUUGGGCUCAUAAUGCUCAUAAUGCUGUGGUCUAGCCGUGUAAGCCAAUGCAGGCUAAAAGGAUGUGUUUUGGUUUUCCCACAUAGCGGCUGGACUUUCUGUACUUGUGGUUUAUGUGUUGCAAAGCAGUAUCCUUAAUGCUGUUGGGUGUGCGUUAAGCCUCGGUGAAGGGGUGGUUAAAAUUGGUAUUUGACGAGGCAAUGGUUGCUAAGCAACAUUGGCUCUGGGCUCCUGUUGACUGGGAGAGAUGAAAUAGAGAGGUGAGUAUAGGUGGGGGCAGCUGAAGUGUUGUUUGCUUAUGAAAAGUUGUUGAUCUGUUAACAAUACCUGCUCUGUUAACAAAUUCUGCAUUUUGUGUGCCACAGGUGUGAAAGUCAAUGAACUUUAAUCAAAUCUCCACCUUCCACAUGUUAGUUAAGGGUCUGAGGAAGGGAGAGAUCUUAUGGCAGGCAGAUAAUGCAGUCUUUAGAGCUGAAAUAACAUACUAUUACGAAUAUGCUAUGAUGAGGGAAUGGGUUUUUACGUGCUUUCAAAGCAGUUAUCUGCAUUUAGGGUUGUAAACAACAAAAGCUUUGCAAAAAUACAAGGCGCAAACUUGAGAAGGGUGAACUGGAAUUAACAGCGUGCACGGUAUACAAUAUUUUAAAAUCGAGCUUGGUUCACCAGUCAUGCCAAGAAUAGGACGGCAACAAGGAAACCAGCAUUGUCUCGAAAGCUGCAUCACGACGCCUCGUGUAACGUUUCAAGAUCGGAAGCAAGAAUGACAAAACACUAGAGCUGUUUCAUUUGCAAACCUUCUCAAGGGUGUAUUGAUCCAUUUUUAAAAAAACAAAUGCUGAGGGCAAAGAAAAGGUGGAGCAGGUUGUCUUUAGAUCUUCAGGAAGAACCAAACAAAAGUGUUGGCCAGCAUCUUAAUGGAUCUGGUGUAGUUUCUAGCAACAAAACUUUCUAGUCGUGGAAAAAAAAGCAUCAUUAUCUUCUAACUUAUCUCCUCAGCGGUGGUGAGCGAGGUGGUGGCUUCAAUAAAUUUGGUGGUAAGUCCAAAGAGUUCAAAAACUUGAACCGCAAAAGUGUAUUUCUAUAUAUUAUUUUUCGGAGAGACUGAUGUUUGUAUGCCAAAGGGUUUGAAAAGCCACCGUUUAUCAGAUAAAAACCUAUGGGAGCACCCCCUGUUGUGGCACAUAUGCCAAAAUGGUUGGUUGUAUCUGUGGUGUUGACUUCCACAUUAUGGGGCUUUCUACUCAGCCAAGUUCUUGGUGCCAAUACAGUACAUUUUGGUUGUAUGUUUUGCAACAAGAUGGGAGAAAAUCAAUAAUCCAAAGACGUGUUUUGCGGGAGAAUGUGAGAGAGAAAAUCACUUUGUAAGUGUUGGUUUUGUUUGUUGUCUCUCCUUUAAAAAACACAUGAGAACGUUGGGUUAAAGCGUGUUAAUGGAAGUGCAUGCAGUCCUGAGGAAACAUGGUAAAACAAAGGUUUAUGGUACCUUGCUUAAAAAGUUACUGGUACAGGAAUCAAGGGAGGGACCGCUCCCUUCAAACUUGGAAGUGUAACUUUGUUUGUAUGAAACUCUUAAGAGCUCUUUCACAAAUAAGUGGUUUCAUGGGCUUCUAUUUUAAGAGAGUUUGGUUUUAACAUUACGAAGUUUCACAAAUGGUCGUUUUGAACAUGAUUGUACCAAAUCAAAAGAAUUGUUUUUAAGGAACGUUCCCAUAGGGUUUGCUGAAAAAGGCUUGGCAUGAACAGUAAAACACACUUAUAUAGGAUUGUUAAUGCAUUUGAGACCAGUGUUGGGCAUAUGCUUUCAAAAAUUUAAGAUUGGGUGCAAUAAAAGGUGUCAAAAUGGUAAAUAUAUAUAUACAUACGUGUAGAAUAUGUUAAUAGUAGAGUGGUGAUGCAAGUAAAUAACCAGAUGGUUUCUAAGAACAUAAAGCUCUCAUUUCUAAAGGGCUUAUUCAAAAUGUGUACUAUGGUGUAAGAUGGUUUGUUCUCUGUGCAUAAGUUAAAGUGUCUCGUCUCAUGAACCAAAUCCAGAAUAGAUUGCAAUGGUGCUGGAGACUUAAAAGACUGAACAAGGGUCAGUAGAAGACUCUGGGUAGCAGUGGCUGAUGUGCGCUAUAAAAGAUGUCAAAAUAGUGGUUCUCCAAUGGUGUUCUGGGUGUGUGUCUGGAGGCCAUGCUCCUCCCUGCAGAGCUGCAAAAAAUAGGUCUAGUAUGACCUGGAGGAAAGAGUUGUAAACUGGUUUUGCAGUAAGCAGUCUUGUAAUUAAGACGUGGACCACUUCUGACUGAAUGGGAGUGUUUGUUUUGCACUAAAACCCGCCUUGGAACAGCACAUGUUCCAACACUGGCCUGUUUCUGAUGUGGUCGUGAUGGUGGUGCUGAUGUGAGAAAACAGUUUGGAAGUUCUCACUCGCUAACUGAAUCUCUCCUUCCUUAUUUUCAUGUGCAAAAGGACCACGGGAUCAAGGAUCACGCCAUGAUUCUGGUAAGUGGCUGCAAACCUGAAUGUGAGGCCAGUGGAAAAGUAUUUCCAGGCUUCCACUUUGAAGAGGGGGGUAAAAAUGUCAAAGGAAAACCAGAGAAGCCUAUGGUGUCCUUAGACUGCUUUUCUACACUUAAAACCUUUGUUCACAGUAAUACCAAAAAGAAAAAGAGUUUCAUGUAAUCAAGUUGCCUUUUAAAAACCCACAAACUUUGUAAACUGCAAAAUAUAUGAAUUGUGCAGAUUUGAGUUCUAUUCAACUGAGGCCUUCAGGCAGUAUAACCCAAAUUUUGUCUCAGUUUGGAAAACUGCUUCAUGUGGUUCAGUAUUCAUUGGAGUACAAGUUUGGAACUUUCAUUUAGAGGCUGUAGGAAGAACUUUAUUGGGAAGCAGAAAUUAUGAUGGAAGAUAGAGCUAAUUCUCAUUCCUUGCAGCUGGCGAGCAGGAUAACUCAGACAACAACACCAUCUUUGUUCAGGGACUUGGUGAAAAUGUAACCAUUGAGUCGGUAGCAGAUUACUUCAAGCAGAUUGGCAUCAUAAAGGUAAAUUGUGCUAGUUAUGCCUGUGAGAUGAUCCCAUUACCAAUAAGGCUGCAUUUUGUAGGUUGCACUAUACUCUUUGGUUGUAAAGUGUGCAGUGUAGUAGUGGGUAAUGAGAGCUCGAAGGGCUGGUUGAGAGACUGAGCUGGCUAGAAAAAAGCAGCUACUAGUGGAAUUGCUGUUGGCAAGUAGAAUCACAAAACACUGAAUGGUCUGAGCUGUGCAAAAAGCCUGCACUAGGUAGGAUGCAUUAAUCAGAAUUUUUUUUAAUUUAAUUUAAAUUGGAUUUUUAAAAUAAAAUGCUUUUGGAGGAAAAAUCUUUCUAAAGAGAGUUUAAAUCACAUUAUAGUCCAAACGCUAUUCAUCAGGAAAUAAGGAUUUGUUUUAAGUUUUUCAUGUGUGCUAAAGCUCAGUCUAAGGUGGGGUUUUUUAAUCGUUUAACCACAUCAGUUAACAAACAUGUAUACAUAUGUUAUUGUUUUAGUUAAAUAAAUUGUUUAAAUUGUUAUUCAGGAAAUUAUUAUUUUUCUCCUUCCAAUAAGGUACAGCAGAAAAGUUGUCCAAAUAUAAACAGUUAACUUGUUAAACCUCAUAAUUAUCUGUCUAUGUAUUUCUGAUAGUAUAACCAAAUUAGUAAUUUUUGAUAGAACUAAAAACUACUAUGAAAAUUUUUUACUCAAAAAAUGAAACCUUCAUCUGGUUGUAAAUAUUAAGAUUAUACUAGCAAGAAUGAGUUUUUCUGUAAAAAAAUGAUUUAAAUCAAGCCUUACUGACAAAUUGAUUUGAUUUAAAUCAAAUCUACCCUGCUUUGGCCCUACCUACUUUCAGAGACUAAUGGGUAGACAAACCUUUCGUGGGAUGUCUUUACACUCCAAGGGAGAAUUCAUGAUGGCAGCAGUAAUCUGCCCAGAACCUCAUGAGCACAUUCAUUAACCUUUUAAUUUUCAGGGCUGUAUAGGCAAAUGUUCAGCAGCUAAAGCAUUUCACAUUUAAACGUAAUUUCCAUGCAGUAGUAUUGCACAUCAAUUGCAGCUCCCUAAACAGUUGUAGUCUCCUGUCUCCUGUCGUGUAUUGAAAAUUAGAUACAAGAACAUUGGAUUAGAUCUUUCCAGUAGAUUGAUCUUGUACAUUUUCCUUUUUUUUUUUUUUUUUUUUUUUGGUAAACAGACAAACAAGAAAACAGGACAGCCAAUGAUCAACCUGUACACCGAUCGCGAGACAGGAAAACUGAAAGGAGAGGCCACUGUUUCAUUUGACGAUCCCCCAUCUGCAAAGGCUGCCAUUGACUGGUUUGAUGGUAUGGUGCUGACUUUGAAUUACUUUUUGGCUUUCGAAAGAGUUCGUAUGCUUGUAUUUUGAAGGCUUCUUUCUGUCUUCUUUCUGUCUCCACUACUAGGCUUCUUGGGGGGGGGGGGAUGAGAUAUAGAGGAGAGGUGCCAAUAGUGAAAUAAUUGCCUUCUAUCUUUAUAUUGGGAAAAUAUAAUCCUUUUCCCUGCUCUUCUCUUAACCAGGAAAAGAAUUCUCAGGCAACCCUAUCAAAGUAUCAUUUGCUACCCGGAGGGCAGACUUCAACAGAGGUGGUGGUGGUGGCAAUGGCCGUGGAGGAAGAGGCCGUGGCGGUAGAGGAGGUAUAUGCCACGUCAUUGCUGUGGUUGAUAAGUAGUGAAGUGUGUUGCUUGUAGCAGUAUUGGCUCUUCUUAUACCUGUAUUGAGUUUCAGCAAGGAAGGGGGAGGAGGACCAACUUGUGUUGUGCAGCCAUUCUGAAAUAGGGGAGUUGAGGUAUGGGUACUGCAGUCUUUCUAGGGAAGAAAGGUAACCUAAUAUAAGGAAACAUCAGCAAGGAAACAUUCUGCAAAAAAUCCUUUUUCACUUGGCUGCUGGCACUGAUUUUUACAUGCCUCUUUCCUUUAGGACCCAUGGGCCGUGGUGGAUUUGGUGGUGGCGGAGGUGGCGGCAGCAGCAGUGGUUCCAGCGGGGGCAGCAGGGGGGGCUUCCCCAGCGGAGGAGGUGGUCAGCAACGUGCAGGAGACUGGAAAUGCCCCAACCCGUAAGCAGUCUGCUUUAGUUGUUUAGAUAUGAAGGUAGAAAUGGGGUUAAUGACAUGGAACUCUAAAUCAUUUGUCUUCCCCAAAUGUGUUUUUAGGACAUGUGAAAAUAUGAACUUCUCAUGGCGUAAUGAAUGCAACCAGUGCAAGGCACCAAAGCCAGAUGGGCCUGGAGGACCACACAUGGGUGAGUUUAAGGUUUUACUUUUCUCUCUGUGUGAAACCAAUUACUGUAUAUCCUGUUCCCUUGCUGGCGGAUUCUUUUUCGUCUGUGUGAGAUACACAGUUUGCCUAUUUGGCACAACGCCAUCAGUGAGAAAAGCACAUUUCUCAUUUCAAAAUAGUUGCAUAAUACAAAUCUGCUUUUUUCCCCCAGGAGGUGGAUUUGGUGAAGAACGACGCGGGGGCCGAGGAGGCUUUGACAGAGGGGGCUUCCGGGGAGGCAGGGGCGGAGACCGGGGAGGAUUCAGAGGCGGAAGAGGUGGAGACAGAGGCAGCUUUGGACCAGGAAAAAUGGAUUCGAGGUAAAGUUUACUUCAGUGGUGGCUAUUGUAAAGGCUCAGGAAUAGGAAUCUAUGGAUUCCGUUUCUGGGGAGUUAAAGAGGGAGGCUGAGGUUGUGACUGUUGGAUCCACUUGCUGGGUUUGCAGCCUAGCCUUGGGGCUGUUGAUAGUUAUUGUAUAACAAACAAUACAAAUAUGCAAAUUCAAAAUGUAAACUUUCCUGUCUCCUUUGCAGAGGGGACCACAGGCAGGACCGGCGUGAGAGACCCUAUUGAGCCUGCAUAGGAUCCCAGACCAUGUGAAUUUAUAAACUUUUUUUAUUUUGUAUGAUGUCCAACUUCGUUGCAAACCUGUGUAUUCCUUGCUGCGUUUGUGUACAAACUUUGUAUUCCCUUCUAUUUUAUGUUGACUGUAUUUGGAAGUAAUCCUAUACAUUUAAAAGCCAAAAUGUUUUAGUCAUGCAUGUAUAACUGCUGGGCGGGGUGGGAUAGGGCACUUGAAUAAUAAAGAUGUUUUCAGUCAAUUCUGAAAAUAACAUUGUUUUAUUUGACUUUGUAAAAGUAACAAUACUGUUUAAAAAACAUUGUUU